GCCAGUGGGCGCAGGCCGGUGGCGUCACGGGGAGAGCGGCGGUGGUUGUCCAUCAAUGAGUCCGAGUCCGCCGCACCUCAGCCUUGCAGCGCCGCGGAGACAGGUGUUUCACGCGAGUGCUCAAACAUUCAGAUCUGCACCGGCCUCAUCACAUGACUACACAGCAGUGCUCCGUGUCAGAGCAACACAGGGUUCAAAGAUGUUGACUAGGAAGAUAAAGCUCUGGGACAUUAAUGCUCACAUCACAUGUCGACUUUGCAAUGGAUAUUUGAUUGAUGCCACCACAGUCACAGAGUGCCUACAUACCUUCUGUAGGAGCUGCCUUGUGAAAUAUCUAGAAGAGAACAACACAUGCCCUACCUGCAGGAUUGUCAUUCACCAGAGUCACCCACUGCAGUACAUAGGACAUGACCGCACAAUGCAAGAUAUUGUCUACAAAUUGGUGCCUGGUCUACAAGAAGCGGAGUUAAAAAAGCAAAAAGACUUUUAUCAGAAACUUGGUCUUGAAAUGCCCGGAGAGGUCAAAGGUGAGACGUGCACAGCUAAACAGCAGUUCGACCCACUCCAUGAUGGUGAAACAAAGCCAGAAGAUGAUUCAAAUAAACAGAAAACAGAGGAUAAGCCGGAGGAAGAACAUGAUUAUCACAGGAACGAUGAACAGGUAAGCAUCUGUUUGGAAUGCAAUAGCAGUAAAUUGCGUGGGUUGAAGAGGAAGUGGAUUCGCUGUUCAGCACAGGCUACAGUUCUACACCUGAAGAAAUUUAUCGCCAAAAAACUCAACCUAGCAUCAUUUAAUGAGCUGGAUAUUCUAUGCAAUGAAGAAAUACUUGGAAAGGAUCACACUUUGAAGUUUGUUGUUGUCACUCGAUGGAGAUUCAAGAAAUCGCCCCUCCUGCUACAUUACAGGCCAAAAAUGGACCUGCUAUGACAUCAAGUUUUACCGCCAGCAAAACUUCAUAAGGUGCAACUUUUGCAGAGACUAUCACCCAGCACUCAGUCAGUGCAUCACUGGACCUAGCAUGUGGCACACACCAGCAAACACACACACCCCAUCAGAGGUAUUGCUCAACUGGGACUGACACAACAAAAGCCUGCUCCUGUGCUCUCUACUACAUUGUGUUGGAAUCGCUCAUGUUUAAGUGGGUUUACAGUCGUAAUAUAUUACAAAAAGGAUCAAAUGAAAUUGCACCAAGACACUUUUUAUACCUGGUUUAUAAAGAAAAAUGCAGUGUCAUGAAUUUGAUGUGUUAGAAGGCUUUGUUGUUGUGGGCACAAGAAAUUUUUUAUAGUUUACAUUUUGACUUUUGCUUUAGCAAUUCUGUGAACCUACUUGUAAUUUUAAAUCAUUUUAAUGAUGCUGUUUGUUAAGCUGUGGGUAGCUUUGGCUUUCUUAUUUAAAGGGCCUUUGGGGUGGUUUAUAUGGGUUCAGUUCAACAAUUUGAGGUUGAAAUUCUGAGUUUUUUUAAAACUUGUCUGUGAAAUUCCUCUGUUCACUGUUUUAACAGAGCCGUUAGCCCAUGAGUUAAUGACUUUAUAAACUAGUGAGUAAAGUGAUUUCAUAUGAGUGUGUUAAUACAUACACAGUGAAACUUUAGCUUUUUAAUCAUAGUUGUAAAAAAGAAACUUUUUGUUUUUUUACACUAGCAAUUGCACACCAAAGUGAAUCUCUAAGGAUUCAGUUCUGAAUUCAGUCUGUCAGUCUGAACAUUGCUGGUCAGGGCACUUGGACCAUGCACUGACACCAAGUUCCACUUCUCUGGAACUGAGCAUCAGAGUAGUAUAAUGCAGUACUCACAUGGACUGUCUCCCGGCCUUAAAGCCAGAGAUUUUGCAGCAUUGGGCAUGGACACUGCCUGGUAAUAUACGCCCACACCUUGUUGGAAUCUGACCAGGCUCUGUGCAAGUGUUUAUAAUCAUUGGGUUGUAGCAUUGCCUGAACCGGGCACCUUCCCAUUGAUGGUUCAUCUUUGUACCUCCAGUGACCUUUAACUAUUGCUGAAGAAAUGUUAACCUUGUUCAGAUUGUUUUAAACACUUUCACGAGGUCUUUUGUGAAAUUUCUAGCUACAUCUGUUUUUGUGAAAUAGUAUUAGGUAAGAUUUGCUUUUAUUGUGUCAGCAGUAAGCAUGGGUACUCCAUUGGAAUGUUCUCACUUUUCAGGUUUACUAAAAGGAUAUUCUCAGGAGAGGUGAUAUAUGUUUGUUGUAUCACAAAUCUUAGUUCAAGUCAUCACAAUCAUUUUGAGUGACUCAAAAAAGGACUGCUGUUCACCUGUAUUAAAAGAUGAAAACUGAUAACUCCCAGUACUUGUCAAGAACACUAUCCCUAAUAAAUUCCCAUUUAUUGUAGUGGAAAUCAUGGUCUGUUGGUGUGGGAGAGAGAGAAAGUGAGGACUUAUGAUUGGAUUAUUGAGGGUUGAUACUUUUCCCACCUGUAUAGAACAGUUUCUGUAGGAUUGUGUAUUUAUUAUAUUAUAAUUAUAUCUUUUAGUUCCUUGUAUCUGGUGUUUAAUUUUCUUACACAAUGUAUACAGAUUUCUAAAAUAGACAGUCCGCUUUUUAAAAAACAAAAUAGCAUUAAAGAGAGUUGUGCAUUAAUAUACCAGAGCAGCAUUACGCUUGUACAGUGUCUUUGUAAAUAUUUUAAUGUGUAUAACUGAUUGCAAAACUGUUGGUAUAAAAUUCCAACCAUUGCAACUUCCUGUAUAGUGACUCACAAAAUACUAUUUUUGGCAGCAAUGAUAAAAUAUGUUUUUAGAUCAGGCAAAAAGAACCUUCACAAAAAUGGAGCUUCUAUGAUUUUUAUGAUGGAUUAAAUGAAAUUUUAUUUCAAAGCUGUAUCCCAGUUUAAUUUUCAGCAUGUGAAAGUUGAGAGGGAAAGAUGAGUACAAAAGGUUUAGUUAUGUGGCUUGCAGUAAAAAAUAUUCUCUCUAUCCACCUCUGUAAUCAGCAGGACCGCUCAAGACACUUGUUCUGUGAAACUCAAUGCCUCUUUAUCAAUACUUAGGGCUGGUGCUGGCAGGUCUGUGAUUCUUGAUGUAGGAAUAAAACUGGAUACUGUUGUGCUGCCAAUUUUAGUGCAAUUUCCCCCAUUGUCUUUCCAUUACCAUACCCUCAACCACCCCCCCUCCCCUCGCCAACCCGGUGCUAACAUCCUGUGAUGGUGAAACGCUCUUAACAUUAUCAUGGAAAUUAUUCAAAUGUGAGUAAUGGUUUAUUACUGAAAUAAAUACCCAGUGGUAAUUG